AUGGGUAAAGUUCACGGUUCUUUAGCUCGUGCUGGUAAAGUUAAGUCUCAAACUCCAAAAGUUGACGCUCAAGAAAAGCCAAAGAAGCCAAAGGGUAGAGCUUACAAGCGUUUAUUAUACACUAGAAGAUUCGUUAACGUUACUUUGACUAACGGUAAGAGAAAGAUGAAUCCAUCCCCAGCUUCUCAAUAA